AUGGCGGGACGUAUUCUUCCAGUCGCGUUGGCAACUAUCGUUGGUGUGUCAAUUGGUGUGGCUACGUUUGAUGGAGAGUUCAAGAAACAGCGAAUCGCACGGAUGGAGGAGGAGUACAAACGGGAACUCGCCGCUGCAAAUGCUUCCAGCACCCCGAAUCCCAUCCCCGUAGCAUCGAGUGCUGUAGCACCCCCACCUUCCGCACAAGUACAGGCUCAGAAAGAGGAAGCUGUGGCCUCCGCUCCUGCCGACAACUCGUGGUCAAACGUGCUUGGGCUCUGGGCAUGGAAGAAGGACAACAAGACGGAAGCCGCGCCUGCGACUGCAACGAGUAGUGUGGAGAAUCCCAAAAGCAAGCCUUGA